AUGGGAAAAAAACCGGAAGAGAAAAUUGAGGGAGCCACUUGUGACACAGGCCUGGCUUCCACCAAUCGGAAGACGGAGGAUACGGAAUCCACCAAUCCUAUAACGCCACCGUGCAAGACAGGAAACAAGAAUACCAGCAAAGAUCCACAAACCUGCCCCCCGGAAGUAAGUGAGCCCAUAAAAAGAGAAAUAAAUAUAGAAGCAUUAACAAAUAAAAAUACUAGGAAUAAGGAGGAAAUUAGUCAUUUUCGAAACAAGGAUAAUUCGAACAUACAAGGUAAGAGAUUAACUCAGCUAUAUGAUAAGGAUCUGGUGAGCAAGGAGUACACGGUGACUGUAGGCCUUGGAAAAAAGCACGUGUCUAAAAACAAAAAAAAUAAUUUGAUUAAAAUAUAUCGAUGGAUCAGGCAGUUCAAACCAACACCAAUAUCAAUAAAAAUGGUUGGUUUUAAUCAGACUGAUAUAAUUUACAGGAACAAGGAAGAAGCAAACUAUAUAAUUAUGGAAGGUAACAAGGAAAACAGUAAAUGCUAUGCGAAUAUUCCAUUCAGGAAAAUGAUAAGAAAAGGAGUGAUCCAUGAAUGGGAAGAUAGCGUAGAAGAACUAGAAGCCGAACUUAUGCCAGUACAGGGGAAAUUCAAGUUGGAAAGAUUAAAGAGAAGGAUAUAUAAAGACGGUGAAGUUCAAUGGACAGAAGGAAGAGCUAUUCUUAUAACCUUCGAAGGAGAUUCCCUUCCAACGAGGGUACUAAUCGGAUAUGGUCAUGUGUGGUUACGAGUUGAACCUUUUAUGGAGUCAGUUAAACAGUGUUUUAAGUGCUACAGAUACGAGCAUUCACAACAAAUUUGCAGAAGCAGUGUGAGUAAUUGUAGAAGGUGCGGGGAAGAGAGACAUGGAGAAUGUCAAAAACAGCCUCACUGCACAAACUGUGCUGGCCCUCGCCCCAGUAUGGCAAGAGAGUGUCCCAUCUAUCAGAAGGAAGUCAAUAUAAAAAAGGUGAUGGCGUACCGAAACUGA